AUGUGGAUGGAUUCUGAUGUGAAAGAAGAAUGGCUUAAUGUUGGAGAGACUAUGGGAUCAAAGGUCCACCUCUCACGUGAUCCUGAUGGUCAGCCUUACUUAACGCAAACUGAGAUGAAGGCUGUGGCGGGAAUUAUUGUUCGAAGGCAUUUUGUCUCCCAUAUUGAUUCGGAGAUGCUUUGUGCUAUUGCUGAACUUGAAAGUGGUAGACAGCCUCUGGCCACACAGUACAACAAGAAAUCUAAAGAUUGUAUGAAGGGAAUCAUGCAAAUCUCACCAAAAACUGUGGAAUGGCUGGUCAGAGAUUUGUCUUACCAGACCUAUGAAGUGGACGGGAAUUCUAAGCUUCUGUACAAGCCUUUUGUAAAUGUAUAUCUUGGUGCAGCCUAUCUUAAAUGGUUAUCAAACUUUGAGCUAAUAGAAAGAAGUGAAGAAUUCAUGGUGAGGGCUUAUAAAGGAGGUACCAAGAAGGCUACUCACAAGUCAACUUUAAAAUAUUGGCAAAAAUAUCUCUCUGUCAAGGAAACUCUUCCAACCAGGAAAGUCUUCGAAGUUGCUCUGGUGCCUAAUGCUCCCUCAGCUUCUGCUACAGCUGUUUCUCCAAGGAAAGGAGCAAACCCUGCGAAAAUAACUUGGGACUCGAGGACCUCCCCUGAAGACAUGGAAGAGAUGUGGAAUAAUGCUAAUGUAAGCAAGGAAUGGACCAAGUCAGGAGAGAAGCGGGGGAAAGUGAGAUUGUCUCAUGAUACAGAAAAGAGACCUUAUCUUUCUCGAACUGAACAAAGGGCAGUUGCUGAAAUCAUUCUAGCAAAACACUUCAGCACAAGAGUAGUAAAACCUACUGUUUUGUGUGCUAUUGCUGAGAUUGUUAGUAUGCGUUUCGUGAAUGGAGUUGGACAACGUACAGGACUAAUGGGUAUCGACUAUCCCACAGCACGUUGGCUUUUCAAGGACUUGGGAUACAAGAGUUACAUUGUACAGUCAGUUGAAGAUCUUACCAAUCCUUUCGUUUCCAUGUACUUUGGAGCAGCCUAUAUGGCUUGGUUAUCGGAAUAUGAAGGAAGGGAAAGAUCUCCUCAGUUUGUUGUAGAGGCCUAUAUUUCUGGGCCACAGAAUGUGAACCUACAAGAGACAGGUCCUCUCUGGCUUAAAUUCGAGGAAGCACUAAGCCACUAUGAAGAUAGGAAGAAGGAACAAAAUAGCUGCCCCAUAUUGCGCAAUCACCUCGGCUUCAGGAAUCAGAAAACGGUGCAUUUUGCUCCUGAUCCUUAUCUCUCUUAUUGGUGUUUCCGUGUCAUGAGCUGCGACUGA